CUUUACAUGGCGCGGAAAAAUCAGAUCAUAUCUUAACAGGAUAGAACGCAGCUCAGUAGGUGACUUACCCGCACGGACCUCACACUUCGCGCCUUUUAUUUAUUACUUUUUUAUUACAGAGGCAAAGAUAACUGAAACUAUGUUGCCUUGAGUCUGUGGAGGGUAGUUUAAGUUGUCUAUGCUUUAUGAAAGUUGGUGAAAAUGUGGUGUUUCCCUGUGAUAGUGUUGGUUCUGCUCGUGCCGUGGUCUUCGGCAGUCAUUUACAAGCUCAAUGACAGCGAGUACCUCCGCAUGCCCCCUCUCUACGCCCUAGACGACUACCCGGCGUGCAUGGCGCGGGAGGGAGUGUACUGCCUGGCUGAUGUGGACCUCUACACCGACCGGCCGAGUGAACUGAUGACACUUAUACUGGAGUUCUCAGCAGACACUCUCAAGCACUUCAACCACACGCAGGCGCACCGCGGGGUCUGCUUACAGAAAUCAUGCAAAAAGUACCUCAACGGUCGAGAUCUACAAGAAGGAACAGCGGACCUAAAUGCGACCCUUGAGGCAUGCCUGAACGAAUCCUUCUGGAACCAGUAUGAGCUGCAAGCGAAGCUGGCUAAUGUUAAUUAUUGUCUGCGAGCAGGCGAGAAGCUGAAGAUUGAUGUCAGUGAUGCUGUUAUGGCGGUCGUGUACUUAAUUUUUAUACUGUUUAACGUUAUCGGAAGCUUCUACGAUGUAUUGAAAUGCAAGAAGGGCGAUAAGUCCGGCAACCCGUACCUGCUCUCGUUCUCUCUGCGGCGCAACUGGGCGCGGCUGACGGCGCCCGCCACCAGGGGGCAGGACGAGCGCCUCGACCGACUCAAGCUGUUCAACGGACUCAGGACGAUGACGAUGAUCUGCGUGUUCUUUUCGCACACGUCAUUGGUGCUAGCGUUUUCCUACGUGGACAACCCGCAAUACAUAGAAACGGCUUACGACGACCCGGUGAAGCAGAUCCUGUUCAACGGCAGCCUGGUGACGCACACGUUCUUCGUCAUGUCCUCCUUCCUGCUGGCCUACAACCUGCAGAUGUACCGAGAGACACACACGGUGAGCUGGGUGCAGUGGCCUAAAGGAAUGCUGAUGAGGUGGCUAAGAUUAACCCCAGUGUACGCGUUCAUGCUCGCCUCCGUAUCAACCUGGAACCGGCACAUCGGCUCGGGCCCACUCUGGCCGCUGGUGGUGGGCUCCGAGGCCGCCGCGUGCCGCCGCUACUGGUGGGCCCACCUGCUGUAUGUGAACAACUACGUGUAUGAUGAUGCGUUGUGUGCGCCGUCUACUUGGUACCUAGCAGCAGACACGCAGCUAUUCUGCAUCGGUCUCCUCGUCUGUGUGCUAGCCCGAACCCCGCGUGCGCAGAGAAUAGCCCUCUCGCUGCUGUUCCUAGUGUCUCUAGUGAUACCGAUGGUGCAUACCAUAGUGCAGGAUCUGGAUCCCGUGGUCAUGCAGGCGCCUGAAAAGUACCGCAACCUGUACGCGUCGGACGCCACUUUCCGGCUGCUGUACGUGCGCGGACACACCAACCUGUCCACGUACACGCUGGGGCUGGCCGGCGGCUUCCUCGCCUACCACUGGCAGCGCGCCGGGGUCGACCUCGCGCAAUACAGGAAGCUCCGCUACCCGUUCUGGCUGGUCUUCCCUAUGGGCGUGGCCAUCAUCCUGUCCGGGGGCCUGUUCUACGGCGACGGGCAGCAGACCCCCGCCGUGUACACGGUGCUCUACGCCACGCUCUACAAGCCCGUGUUCCAGUUCAUUGUGGUGUUCUUCAUUAUAGGGUGUAUUUUUAAGUUGGAAUCGACAUACCGCGGCAUCGUGGAGUGGCGCGGGUUCACGUGGAUGGGGCGCGCCUCGUACUGCGCCUUCCUGCUGCACACCGUGUUCCAGCGCGGGCUAUACGGGUCGCAGCUCGCGCCCACGCACAUGUCCGACUACGCCAUAGUGACGGUGUUGUCGGCGACGAUAUUCCUCUCAUUCUUCGCCGCCGUGCCGUUGUAUCUCUUCGUAGAGGCACCCAUUGCGCAGCUCACUAAGGCAGUAAUGGCGCCGAAACCCCGCCAUUUUGAAAACAACAUGGCCGCCGCGGCCGAGGCGGGGGACACGCAUGGACAAUCCAAGUUGUAAACAAAUUAGCUCAAUUAACUAGACUGUAAUUCUUUUAUUCUUAAAAUAAAAAGUAUAAAACAA